CUUAUCAAACAUUCUUGUUAAUAUGCAUGCAGAUUAUCUGCUGUAGACUUUCAUCAGAAAAUAAAACAAUACUGUUUAUGUAAAUGUUCUUAGCCCGAAGAACAUUUCAGUAAACUAAUUUGAAAAUUCUGUUGUGAGUGUUGUGACCAAUUUCAAAUGUUACCCCUAAACAUUAUGAAUGUGUACUCGACGAAAACACAAAAUCGUGAUUUUAAAAUCAAUACGUUAUGGUCAAACACCAAUUUCAAUAACGCGUGAGUACUUUACAUUAUAAAUUAUAAUAUAUAAUAUAAUUGGUUGUUAGCUGUACAUUACGAAUUAUAAUUUAUAAUAAUAGGCAUGUAACCUGUACAUCUGGGGUGGUAAUUUUCAAACGACAUGAAAAUCGUGUUCUAUGGUAGUUAUUAUUACUCCGUUGUUAAACAACCGUCGACUAAACGAAUAUUAUAUGAUAUGAUCCACUAACCUUAUAAACACGAUUUUUGAGCUACUGCCAAUGAUUAUUUUUACUUUAUAGUGUCUAUUCUAAACCUUUAACAAAAAAUACAUGCGAAAAUUUUGUUUUUAACAUGCUCCGCAAAAUCACGGCGAUGACGCUCGGCAUCGGUCAUAUCCUGCAUUGGAACGACAGGAAUCUCCUCGAGUUUCCUGAAGACUUGAAACAGAACAGGGACCGGGUGUAUCAACUCUACAUAAAAAACAACUUCAUCGAAGUACUACCAGGAUGGAUUAACAGCUUGGCUAAAUUGACUCACAUCUACGUGGACAACAACAAACUGUCGACAUUUCCCGCGGAACUUUGUGAAUUGAAGGGGUUGGAAGUGCUGUGCGCGCCGCACAACUCUAUAACGGAGAUACCUUCCACGCUCACUGCGCUCAAGCGACUGACGCAGCUGAACUUGUCCCGCAACCGAAUAAGAAACGUUCCCGGCGACGUUUUAAACAUGCCAUCUCUGUGGCUAUUGGACUUGUCUCACAACGAAAUCCAAACUCUGCCGGAAGUCUAUCCAGAUGGAUUGUAUUACGGGGAAAUAUUGUUGAACGGAAAUAAACUGAUCUCUGUGCCGGACAAUCUCAGUCGUCUGAAGAACAUCGAAUACCUAUCGCUGGCCCACAACAAGCUCCUGUACGCUCCAGCGGUGGCUUUCAGGUCGGAAGCCAAUAUCAACAUAGACCACAAUCCUUUCUUGAAUUACGUGCCAGCCACUAUUAAAGCUGAAAAUUGUGGUACUCAACAAUUUCUGGAAGCACACAUGUUGCCGAACAUAACAUUGACGUGCAACUGUCGCGAUCUGAUUAUAUCACCUAAAAUCAAAGAAGUGUUCAGUGUCCGAGGAAAUGCACACUGUCCCACAUUGAAAGAAUUUGCCCUCAGGGCGCUCUACGUUUGGAAGACGCCAUUUUCCAAGGAUUGUGUCCCCAGACAUUUGUGCGAACAAUUGUCGUCUGGCCCAGCUGCUUCCUGUAUGCAAUGUUUGAGACCCAUGUUCACAUACAGCUAUGUGUGCUUAUUACAAUAUGAAUCACACACUCAUUUCAAUGCCCAAUAUUUUUGUUCUAAAUCAUGUCAUGGAGCAUUUAAACAAUUAAUAACAAAUCGUUACCAAAUGGUUUUACAAGAAUUGAAUUUUAAAAUUAAACCUUAUGAUUUUUUUCAAAGUUGAUUGUUAUUUAUUAUUUAUAAUUAAUAUCUAUUAUUAUUGUCAUUAUUUUUAUUUACAUUCUUGAUGUUCCUAAUUUUACUAUUUUAUUUAUUUAUUGAAUUCCAAAUAUAAUGAUUAUUUAUUUUAUAAUAUAUGUACUGUACUGCA